CACUCGUCAUCCCACCUGUAAUCCGAGUUCAGGAUUCAGCUCCAUCGAGCCGUCAGCCGCAAUCGAUACAAAUCCCUCCGCUCCCUCCGGCCAGAUCUCAUCAAGACUGCGAUAUUCUAUCAAUUCGAAGCCUUUGACUGCCGGCGCCAAGAUCUCGCUGCUCACAAUACCCAACACAAGCAGUUGAAGCAAUGUCCAGGCGUGCGGGAACCGUUUACGCAGAGGAGCGCGAGUAUUACCGUGAUGGACCCCCUCCACCACCCCCUCCUCCAGCUCAAGUGCGGACACGAGAGCGUGAUCGAGUCUAUGAAGAAGAGGAUGUCUACAUCAGACGAGAGCGAGAGGGAACUCGUCCCGAAUUCCUGCGAGACGACUAUGGUAGAAACGAUCCUGGCCCAAUGGUGUUGAGAGAACGAAAGACGGAGACCGUCACUAGGCCCAGACCUCGAUCUCCAUCUCCUAUUCGCACUGUGCGAGUACAAGAGAGGAUCAUUGAGAGAGAACCCACUCCACCUCCGGUAGAGAGAGUUCGCACCCGGGUCGUCGAGCGAGAGACAAGACAGCGAUCACCUUCCCCUCCACCAGAGAGACUCCGCUCACGAGUAGUGGAAACCAGAGAGCGGAUCAGAGAACGCUCUCCAUCGCCAGUCCGGUACCGCGAGAGAAUCGUCGAACGAGAACGCGAACGCGAACGAUCGCCAACGCCAGUACGAAUUGAAGAACGAGUUCGCAUCCGCAACUUCGAGCGUCAACCUUCACCGUCUCCCUCACCAUCCCCUCCGCGCUCUCUGACCCCUCCGCUAAUCCGCGCACCUCCCAUCCAUCAAGAAAUCAUCACCCACCACAGACACAUUGAUCACGGCUACGAGCGUGCCCCCGCCCCGUCCCCGCCCCCACCACCACGAGCCUCACGCACGAAAGAGACCGAUAUCGACAUCUACACCUCACGCAACAACACCGAAGUCGACAUUCACACAAGCUCCCGCGCACGGACUCCGCAGCCGCCGCCAGCCCCAGCCCGCCGAGAUAACUUCUAUGACGAUUCCUUCAUCUACGAGCAAGAGCGUGACAAGCUGCGAGUGCAAGACACAAGACUUACCGUCGACCGAAGACGCAGCGUGAGCGCCAGACCCGAAAUAAGAGAGAAAGAGCGAGUCAGAAUCGAUGUUCGAGAUGAUGACGACGAAAGAGAUUACUACGCCAAGAAGGUGGAAGAGCGGGCUUAUAUCGGUGAAGCAUACAACGGCGCCACCAAAGACUGGAACAUCGUCGACGUGCCCCCGGGAACUGAACGAGUGCGUAUGGACGGCGUAGGAGGUGCUAGCCAGGAGAUUACGUGGCAGCGAUACAACGGCGUCCGGCGAAGCAAGUUCAUUGCUGAGCGCGAGCGGGCUGAAAGUGCACACAGCGACCCCGCUCCUCUCCCAGAGCCGCGCCGCGAGUCCUCGGGCCUAGAAAUCGAGAUCUCGUCUCGAUCACGACGACGGGAAGGAGGUGGAGCCACCUACGAGCGUGAGUACGAGAGGGUCGAGGAGCGGGAUGAUAUGCGUGUGGGCUUCCCCAUCCCUCCUCGAGCACCGCCGAAACAGCGACUCGGUGAACUGUGGACGGAGAUCACGAAGGAUCUUGUUGUGCGCGAGGCUAUUGAGGAGCUAGGAUAUGACUUCGAGGAGACGGAGUUCUUCUAUUAUGUUUUGCAGUACCUUCGUUAUGUACGUCUUCCACCCUUCUCCCAUUACUCCCUCUCAAACUCCUAUCUGAAAACAAAACUAACGACGAGACAGGACGAAGUCGAACAGCUUGUCGCACUCUCCAAGCAUAUCCGCCGCGAGCGCCGCGACCGGAUUCGCGAUAUUCAGCGCGAGCGAGAGAAGAUGGAGCGUAGGGAAAGAGAUAGGGAGGAGUGGGAGCGUGCGGAACGUAGGAGGGAGCGUGAGAGCGGGUUCAGUGAUGAGCGGAUCAUUGAGAGAGAGAUCAUAUAUGAUGGGCCGCCGAGACGGGGGCCGAGACGGGGUGGUGGGUGGUAAUUGGGAAUGCAUUUAUGAUUGAUGAGAUACGGCUGCAAGAUGAAUGCGAUUUACAUAGCAGCAUGGCAUUCAUUUCUUCUGUCUGCUUUCUGUUAUUUGGAUGGAUAAACUGGAUACCUACUAGGGUAAACAAGCUUGGAUCAGAUACACAACACACUGAGAUUUGAAGGCAUGGCUGGAUUUCAUGACAGGUUGGGAGGCGUUGAACCUUCAGAUUGGGACGAUGGAUGGCAGGAUGUAAUGAGUAGAGUUAUGAAUGAUGAUCAAAAGCACCCCUAA